AUGUAUUCCUCUUCCAAUUCCUUUUUGGGGGGCGCCAACAGUGCUCGCCCUAGCCCGGGGGCUUUCGGACAGCAACAGUCGUUCGGCUCCUUCAACCAGGCUCCUCAACAACCCUCUCCCUUCGCUCCGCAGCCUACCGGCUUCUCCGGGCAAUUACAAACACAGCAGACGGGGUUUCCAGGAUUUGGACAACAGCAGAACUUCCAGGCCACUACGCAGCAACCUCAGUACACAGGAUAUCCUCCUCAAAAUCCAGCUCAGCAGCCCCAGUUUCAGCAAGUCCAGCAACCACCGCCUUUCCCACAGCAGCCAUCUUUCCAGCCUGCUCAUCAACCACCACCACCACCACCACAGCCUCCGGCUCAACAGCAGCCUCCAGCCGCCCCAGUCCGUCCCCAGCAAACUUCGUCACAGAUUGCGCAAUCAUUUACGGCUGGGUCUUCUAGUGCAGGCACAUCAAACAGGAGGGCAAGCAAGAGCUCUAGCAAGAUCCCAAACAUUCGAUUGUCCUUCAUUACGGCUACAGAUCAGGCCAAAUUUGAGCAGCUGUUCAAGUCUGCCGUGGGAGAUAGCCAGGCGUUGGAUGGUGAAAAAGCUAAAGAUCUACUACUGAGGUCCAAGUUGCCAGGCAGCGCUUUAUCUCAGAUAUGGAUAUUGUCAGACACGACCAAGUCUGGGCAGCUUCUGUUCCCGGAAUUCGCCCUGGCUAUGUAUCUGUGCAAUUUGAAGUUGACUGGGAAAGAUCUGCCUUCCGACCUUCCAGAGAAGAUCAAGAAUGAGGUGUCAAGCAUGGUCGAUAUCAUUUCAUUUGGUGUCCCCGAUGACAAACCACUCCCGACGCCGCGUACUAAUGUUCCAAACUUUGACGCACCACUCAGGCAGAAUGCUGUUUCUCCUCCAGCACCGCAGGCGCCUCAACCACAGCAGCCUUCGAAUCAGCAACUAUUGUCGCAGCUCACAUCUCAGCCAACAGGAUUCUACAAUCAGGCAACCGGGUUUCAGCCUGGUCUUCAAUCCCAACCAACAGGCUUUCCCGGGCAACAACAAAGCGUACAGUCUCAACCGACAGGAUUUAUGAGCAACCCUCAGCCUGCAGGUUAUAGUGGUCCUCGCCCUCCCCUGCCUCCGAUGCCAAGUGGGUUUGGAAACAAUAUGUCACCACAACAAACUGGUCCUCUGCAAGCACAACCUACUGGGCUUCCAGGUCAAUGGGGCUUCGUCAAUGCCCCAGCAGGUGGCCUACCUAACAUCGAAGCUCUUCGGCAGCGCUUGAUGCCUCAGGCAGGUCGUGAAGCGGGCGGCUACACCACACAGGGCCUAGCGGGUAGCGCCAAAGUUCCUUGGGCCGUGACGAAGGAUGAGAAAAAGAUUUAUGAUCAGCUCUUUCGUGCCUGGGAUGGUUUGGGCCGCGGUUUCAUCUCUGGAGACGUUGCAAUCGAGAUCAUGGGUCAGAGUGGCCUUGAAAGGUCUGAUCUUGAACGAAUUUGGACCCUCUCCGACCCCAACAACAAGGGUCGAUUGGAUAUGGAUGAAUUUGCGGUCGCAAUGCAUCUAAUCUACCGGAAACUCAACGGAUAUCCCGUUCCUAACCGACUUCCACCAGAACUUAUUCCUCCAUCCACAAGAAAUUUCAAUAAUUCGAUUGAUACCGUGAAGUCUCUGCUUUCUCAAGAUGCUGAAACGAGGAAGACAUCUGGAGCUUUCUUGCAACCCCAAAAGACGGGCGUGAGCUAUUUGAAAGACCACUCAUUCCGCAGCGGCUCAAGCUCACCUGGUUUCGGACGCAAAGAUGCCACUGUCUUUCGUAACAAUGACGACGAUGUUGGAUAUCGUUCAAGCGCGCGGCGCCGAAUUGGAGGUGGCCGAACACCAUCUCCUGCCCUCUCUUCUGAAGCUGACUCUACAUAUGAUGAUAUGACUCCCGAUCAAAUCAGGAAGAAAAUCCGCGAGCAGAAAAUCCUCUUGGAUGCAACGGACUUCCAGGACGAACGACAGGCUGAUGAGGACGACGUUCUAGAUCGCAGAGAUAGAAGGGAAGCCGAAGAUCUCUUCCGACAGAUCCGCCGCAUUCAGGAUGACAUUGAUAGCCACCCAAAUUCAGGAUUCGGCGAUUCGGAUAGUGGAGCGGAGAGAAGAAUGAUGCGGAGAGAGUUGCAGCGAUACCAGGACCGCUUGCCUGCAUUGGCGUCAGAUGUUCGAAAAAUUGAGAAGAGCAUUGCAGAUGCCAAGUUGCAACUUUUCCGUCUCAAGGAUGCCAAGGCCCAUCCCAAUAGUGCCGCAAACAUUGUUGGCACCGGUCCUGGCGGUUCAGUCACGGAGGCUGAUCGUAUCAAAGCACGAGCCAGAGCCAGAAUGCAAGCUCGCGCCGCAGAACUUGCCGGUCGACCCGUUCCAGCAGCUGAUGACGAAGCUGGUGCUCAAAGACGCAUCGAACAAGAGACGUCCAAGAUCAAAUCCGAACAGGAACGUCAUGAAGCUAUGACUCGAGACGUCGAGGACAGUGUGAAGGAUUUUGUGACUAGUCUUGAAGACGGCCUGCGUGAUCAAGGAGAAAAUGCGACUCAGGAACAUGAACGCAGAAGAUGGGAAGAAGCACUUGGUGUGGAAGAUGAAAUCAAAGAACUCAUUUUUGACCUCCAAAGAAGCAGUCGAACUGCUAGGGUUCGAAAAGAAGAGCAAUCUCGCUCUACACGAAAACCAUCUUCCGAGAAUACUCGCGAGGAGCCCAAACCCACCAAUGGCGAUCUUCUAUCUAGACCGGCGCCCACUACCGCCUCUUCGCCCUCGUCUCUCACCGCCGGCACGUCUCAACAAGAUCGCAUUGCGUCCGCAAAGGAAAAGGCUCUGAAACGCAUUCAAGAUAGGAUGGCGGCAGCUGGUAUCAAACCUGCCGGCGACUCCGGCGAGACUCUUCAACAACGACAAGAACGUGAGAAGCAGGAAAGAGCAGAACGUGUCCGUAAGGCGGAAGCAGAAGAUGCCAAACGGGAGCAGGAGAGGCAGCAGAGAUUGGCCAAUGAAGGGGUGACGCCUCCAAGCCCGAAGGCCGCAAAGAAGCCACCUCCACCGCCGACCCGAAAAACGCGCCAGGAUAGUGCCGACUUCUCCGACCGGAAGGCGGCGGAGGCAGCAGCCCGGGCGAAAGCUGAAGAAGAAGCAGUCGCACAGAUUAGAGCAGAACAGGAAGCACAAGAACAAGAACGCAAACGACUCGAGGCCCAAGCAAAAGCCCACGAAGAUGAGCUUGAAAAGGAGCGUGAAGCUGCUCAAGCUCGUUUACGUGCUCUCGAGGAGCAAGUCAAGGCCGGCAAAAUCAAGAAACAGGAGGAGAAAGCUCGAAAGAAAGCAGCAGAAAAAGAGGCCAAGGAAAAAGAGGCUAAGCUCGCAGCCCAACGAGCGGAGCUUGAAGCGGCGAAGGAGAGGGAACGUCAACUCCAACUUCAGCUUGAACACCUGGGGGAUUCGUCAUCGGAUGACGAUGAAGGACCAGAACUUACUACUCCUCAAGAGAGUACACCGGCGACGAGUCAAGUACUCACAAGCACUAUCUCAUCUCCACCGCCUGCGGCACCAGCUCCCGAACCAUCCACAAGCAGCGGCCACGUUCCUACUCCUCUUUCUAGCCCACCCGCAGAAGAGUCGAGAAAUCCAUACUUCAAAAAGCUCUCCAUGUCUUCUGAAAGUGGACGACCUACUUUCUCACCGCCUGCUGCGACUCAGACUUUACCCCCGCCAGCACCACCUGUUGCGCCUGCCGCGCCUGCCGCACCUGCCGAUCUUCCUUCCACCAAUCCUUUUCAUCGAAUUGCUCAACAAGAGACUGCCAAACCGUUAUCACCCAGCUUCACUGGAGCUCAAUCCCGUCGACGACCAGAAGAAGACGAGUGGUCGGCAGCGGGUUCUGAUAAGGAUGACUCGAGUGACAAUGAAGACGACCCUCCAGCCAGUGGUUCCGCAAAACAUUUGGCAUCGAUUUUAUUUGGUACCAUGGCACCACCAAGGCCGUUGUCCUCCAUGGAUAGUAAGCCUGACACCCCGGUUCAAGAACCACCUCCUGUCCCUGGGGCUUUUGAAUCGACACCAUCGCCUCCGCCAAUGCCGGAUAGUGGUGCUCCAGCAGCUCCUCCUCCCCCCCCUCCUCCACCAAUCCCCGGAGCUGGAGCUCCAAGCGCACCUCCUCCACCCCCUCCUUUCCCUGACUCCGCCGCUCCCGGGGGACCACCCCCACCUCCACCAAUGCCGGCGCCAGGUCCGGCACCCACCGCUAACAUUGGUGCUCUUCUGGGUGAGAUUCAAGCGGGUAAAGGACUUCGUAAGACUGAGACAAAGGAUCGCAGUGGUAGCGCCGUCGCAGGAAGAGUGUUGGAUUAG